AUGAACUGUGGUGCUGCUGGUCGAGUAAUAAUAACUGCUGUUGUGACAGAGAAGGAAGAGGAGCUAUUUGUUGCUGGUGUUGAAUGUCCUGAGAUUGGUGUGGGUGAUGUUGGUGAUAAUAUUCCGGUGCUUGAAAGAAGGUGGCAGGCGAAUGGCUUAAAUUCGCGAAAAAUGGAUGAUAUAAAAGAUCAAAUAACUGUAACAGAACAAGAACCAGGAAGCGACUUAGAACAAAAUGAAUUUAAUAAUAUUAACAGAAAUCACAAUAACAAUAAGUACUGGUCAAGUGAUGAAGAAUCAGACGAAGAAGCACCAUUUGGAUACGAUAAAAUAGAAAUGAUACAAGCUAAUGAUUUAUCGAUAAUUAAUGACAUCAUGAAAAAUGUCAGGAUUCCAGAAUCCGCUGUUCCUGAAUGGGCAAAAAGAAUACCUGAAGAAUCGUGGUUACCGCGUGUAAUCGCAAUAGAUGAUGAAAAAGAAAAUAUCAAAAAUUCAUCCUCACCAUCUUCAUCAACAACAAUAUUGGAAGAUAAAGAAAAAUAA